AUCUCGUACGGAACCUUGGAUUCUACCACAAUUAAUAGAGACACAAUCCAACCAAUAAUCAUGGUUACCGUCGAGCCAACUCCCUCACAACCGCCAAGUCAUAGUUCUGCACCGUCAAGAGGCACUGCUCGUCAGCGUGCCGGUAGAGUUCCUUUUCUCGGUAUUGGAAGAAGUCAGCAGCAACAACCACCCGAAACUCCCGCACCUGCCGAGCCCCGACCACAAUCUCACACAGGACAACCCACAAUAGCAGGUUAUCGCAGGAGGAGAUAUGGGAAGGGUAGAGGUGGUGGUAGUGGUAGUAGUUUCGGUAGCGGGUACUCGUCAAACAGAGAUAUCCAGGAACUGGUUAAUCAUGAGAAUGGCGUGGAGACUGAUAAGAGAUCUCAGGCAUCGGGCUCUACAAAUGAGGAAUUACACUUCGAUAUGGCUUCGGUGGCGCCCAGCACAUGCGAUGGUAGUGGACCCAUCGGAACUCCUAGUACUAUACACGGGGUAGACGAACCUAAUGGAGCCCCAUUAUCUGUCCACAGUUCUACUGCUGCUAGCUCCUCUUCACAUAAUACCGUCCGGAAAGGGAAGGGGAAGGAGAGGGCUGUCAGUGAGACAAAUAGUACUACUGAUGAUGGCUCGGUGUCCCAUAAGACUUCGUCUCGCAAGAGCAAUAAGCCCAGGGGCCGACGUUUGUCUCCACACAAGCCGUUUGGGGGGCAUCUAUCUUCCACUGCGAACUCUGAGAAUUCUGCCUCUACAUCAUCCAAUACCUCUAUUGUUGGCUCACCUGAUGAAAACCGUCCAACCCCGAAACUCUCUCGUGUGCCACCGCAGAGAGAAUUCGGAGGGCAAUUGACAACAGGGGAGGACUCCGUUCUUAACGGGAAACUUCGUGCGGAGGCAACGGCCUAUCAACCCGGGGAGUCGACAGAUCAGUACCUUCCGCCACAUCUUCGCGGCGUCUCCCAUAAUAUAGACAGCAGAGAUCUUUAUUCUGAUUGGGGACCCCCAACAACAUUAUAUGAUUCCACGACUGCAAGUGUUAGAUCUAAAAGCACUGUGCCUACUGGUGGACGCGGGCGUGGAAGGGGUAGUCGCCGCGGACCGCAAAUCCCGCAUAUUCCAUUGGCUGAUGGUAAGCCAUCUCCUAGAAUCAUAAACAUGAGACCUCAUACCAACGAACACAAAGGUCCUGAGAACAUUAGCACCAGAAUUCAUAGGGAAAUUACGAGUGGAUCCUAUGAAUGUCUAGUGUGCUUUAGUAAUUUAACUAGAAGGGCAAAGGUCUGGAAUUGUAAGUGCUGUUGGGCAGUAUUCCACUUGGAUUGUGUCAAAAAAUGGGCAAAACAAGGUCUGGAGCAGACACCGGCCGGACCAGUUGGUGCCGAAUUUUCACCGACAUGGAGAUGCCCGGCUUGCAACAAUCAUGAGAAAAUAGUACCAACUACCUAUUCUUGUUGGUGUGAGAAAGAAGUCCAACCAGAGUCUACCAAUUUUCUCCCCCCUCAUAGCUGCGGCCAAACGUGCGGAAAGAAGCGGGGUUUGCCCAAGGACUGUCCCCAUGCUUGCGAUCUUCAAUGUCAUGCUGGACCGUGCCCCCCUUGUCCUGCGAUGGGACCUAGACAACCUUGCCAUUGCGGCAGAGAUGAAGUACAGAAGCGCUGUAUUGACACAGUUUAUGAAGGUGGUUGGAGCUGUGGGCACGCCUGUGGGGACAGUUUGCCAUGUGGCAAGCAUUCCUGUCCAAAACCAUGCCACCCUGGGGUCUGUGGCGAUUGCCAAAUACCGGAGAUGCUUAAGUGCUUCUGUGGAAAUAACACCAAAGGAAUCAAGUGCAGUGACAAACAGGAGCCGGUCGAGAGUACGAUCAGCGAUAUUCAUGGUGUCGAAAGUUGGUUGGGUUACUGGAACUGCCACUCACCAUGCAAUAGGUAUUUUGACUGCGGUAAACAUACUUGUCAGAAGCCUUGCCAUCCUCAAGAUGCGCUCCCCGCCCGCUGCCCUCGCUCGCCAGACCUUGUCACUCAUUGCCCAUGUGGUAGGACCAAGAUAAGUGAAAUUCUUGAAUCGCCUAGAGCCAGUUGCGAGGCAGACGUCCCAUCAUGUGGCAAGGCUUGUGGCAAGAUUCUUAGGUGUGGCCAUGAAUGUGACAAAACCUGCCACGAAGGCGAAUGCCCUGUUUGUGUGAGGAUAGUUGAUAUCAGAUGCGUCUGUGGCAAGACCAUUUUAGAGACCCUAUGCCAUCAAGGAGAACCAGGCGAGUCCCCUCGGUGUAUGAGGGUCUGCAAAACGCUCUUGAAUUGUGGCAGACAUGAGUGUGCAGAGCGGUGUUGCUCUGGAGAAUGGGGGGCUCAUGACCGGCUGAAUUCAAGGAGGAAGAUGAAGUCAUAUAACCCAGGCCAGUCUAGCAGUGAUGGAUUCGAAUCAGAACAUAUCUGCACACGACCGUGCGGUCGGCCAUUGAAGUGCGGAACCCACAGCUGCCAGAUGCUUUGCCAUCGUGGGCCGUGUGGCACAUGCUUGGAAGCUAGCUUUGAUGAGCUGAGCUGUAAUUGCGGAAGAACAGUCUUACCACCUCCGGUUGCUUGCGGUGCAACGCCGCCUAAGUGCGAAUUUCCGUGCACUCGAGAUACAGAUUGUGGUCACCCUAAGGUUCCUCAUUCGUGCCAUGCGGAUGAAGUUAAAUGCCCGAAUUGUCCCUACCUUGUGGAGAAGGCAUGUCUCUGCGGUAAGAAAGGGAUCAAGAACGUUCCUUGCUUUAAGAAUACCGUUUCUUGCGGAACUGAAUGCGGCAAGAAGCUUUCCUGUGGUUCCCACAAUUGCCAGAAGGUCUGCCACGCCAGCGGGGGCUGCGAUGAGUCUUGCAAGCAACAGUGUGGAAAGGCCAAAUCUUGUGGACAUCCCUGCUUAGAAGCUUGCCACGCACCAUUCCAGUGCCCGGAGGUCAAGCCAUGCUCUACCACGAUUCAGUUCACUUGCGCUUGUGGGGGGUUGAAGCAAGAAGCCAGAUGCUGUUCUACAAAGACUAACCCUACUGGGAAUAAGAGAGAGCUGAAAUGCAAUGAUCAAUGCCGCAGUCGACGUAUGGCACUCGCUUUCGAACUCGACCCGGAUCGCGAAUCUAUUCCUCCUUACUCCGAAGGAACUCUCUUUCACUAUGCCAAAGACAGGAAAUGGUCGGCUGCUGUUGAGGAGAAGUUCAGGGCUUUUGCUGAAUCAAAUCAGAAACGGUACACUUUCAACCCAAUGAAGAGUGGCCAGCGUGCUUUCUUGCACUCUCUUGCAGAGGAUUACGGAUUCCAGAGUGUGUCUCAGGAUCCUGAGCCCUACAGGAGUGUCAUCCUUUUCAAAGGAUCCAAUAACGGCACCGCCCCAAAAAAGACUAUUGCAGAAUAUAUCGCCUCAAAGCCAAGUGCUGUCCCAACCAGCACCCCGGUUUCUAUUCAGCAACUCAAAAAACCCCAACGACAACCCUACAAUGCUAUAAUCCUGCAAAACAUCAGAAUCGGGCUUUUGAAUGCUGAGAUUGAAAGAGAGUUAGAACCGGUCCUAAAGGACACUCAACUCCGCUUUAACCUUCAGUGGUCUGGUGGCGACGACGUCUUGCUUGUCCCGAAAGCCAGCUCGUUUGGCAAUGACCAAAUCGAUGUCGAACUCGCCGACGCCCUUAUUCCGCAACUCAAGCGCCUCAUUGCCAAGAAUGGCUUGGCAGAUAAGGCCGAACUAUGCCUUGUUGGAAAAGACGGACAGAUAGUCAAUAGGGAGAGUCAGCCCAAGUGGUCUCUUGUCGUCGGAAAGUCUUCCCCCGCAGCUGGAACAAAGCCCCCUGCUCAGGCGAAUGUUGGGUCGAAGAGUAGGUUCGACCUCGAGCACGGAAAGGCCGAAUUAGCACGUAAGAGUGCUGAGAGCCUUAAAAAGAAGGAGAAAAAGAAGGGGAAGGAAGUUGACGUUGUGGACGAUUGGGAGACUGCGGCUGAUAACGAGGCGGAGGCUGCAGGCGGUGGUCUGGCUUCGUCUGUGAGUAUGGAGGCUAACAUGGGGGACGAGGUUGAGGGGCAGGUUUGAAUUUCUUGUGGGCCUCCAACCGAUUCCUGCAUAGGGUUUCUGGGAGCGCUGUUGCAUUCAUACCUUUGAUCUUGUUUCUUGAUUUUUUCUAGUAUUUUUCAUUUUCCAUUCUUACUCUUUACUCUUUGCGUAAGGGGAACGAGGAUGCCGCCUGACUUGUUACGAUCUUACGAUACCACUGUACGUCAAUAACCUUUUUUCUCUCUCCCUGUUCUUCGUACCUUACCCUCUCCUUUCUUUCAAAUUUUUUUCACCCAAAUAUUCAGGUGUAUAUUAGAGGCGCUGGCGGAGUGUACUUUUUCACAUUCACAAGGACCGCGGGAUGACGAGUGGGUGGAUGGAUGGAUGGAUGGAUGGAUGGAUGGAUAGGGAAAGUUUUCAGCUUAAUUCUAGCUAAUCUUUACUCUAAACGUUCUUUCG